AUGACACACUCGACUACGGGCUUGUCAAAUUCCAACGAUGAGAGGCAAGAGUAUUGUCGAUUAUCUCGAUUCUUUCAGCAAUAUUUCCGCCCACUGCCGUCUAAACCUCCAUUGCUUUAUUUAGCUUGUCUGAUGAACGAUGUUGCUCGUGUAAAAUCAUGCUUGGAAACGGUGGAAUAUGAAGAAAUCAAUUAUCAGCAUCUACCAAAUAACGACACGGCUUUACAUGUUGCUACUAGAAAUCAACAUAAAGAAAUUAUUCAAAUGCUCUUAUUUCACGGCGCUAGACGAUCGCUAAGCAAUAUAGACAGUCAGCAAGCUUAUGAAUUAGCUGGAACAAAGGAAAUUAAAGAUUUGUUCCAACGUCCAUCAUCAAAUCGCUUCGUCUUUGCACUCGAACCCGGUAGCACCGUUUCUGAAGAUCAAUGGAAAGUAAAAUGUAAAGUUUGUUCAUUAGUCGAUGAUACUACUUUGUAUGAAUGGGAACUAAUCGAUCAAGACGCAGCAGAAAAAUCCUUGAGAUUUCGUCAUGAAUUGAAAUCAUUGACACCCAUGGACGAAAAGGAUCUAAAGCGAAAACUUCAUACGAUAGAAAAAGGCUAUAUCAAUACACGUUUGCAUGAUAUUCUUUCGGAAAAUAUGACAAAAGUACAUAAUUAUCUACAAUGUGCGUUACGUAAACAAGAUCCUGAUUACAUCAUCGCUGCAUAUACAAUUUCUCAGAAGUUUUCCAAAUUGUUAAAUGAAGAUAUGGCACGUAAUAUCAUACAUGAUUUGAAAAAUGGUUGUAGUCAGUUCUCAUGCGACUGUCUCUAUUCAACAGAAGAUGGUACACGAGCAAUCAUAAGCAUCCUUCUUCGUUACGAAAGAUAUCAAAAGCGUAGUUUCGUUGGAAGAUCGUAUCGCGGUAUUGUCCUACCAAGAAACGUUCUUGAUCAUUACAAAGUUGGCUCUUGUAUUAUGACAACUACAUUUCUCUCAACUUCGGCGAAUCGCUAUGUGGCAGAGAUGUUUUCGGACAAAGGAACCACUGAUCCAAAUAAACAGUCCUAUUUCUGUAUUUAUGAAAUAAUCAAUAACGAUCAAUCUACGGCGAUUGAUAUAUCUGGUAUAUCAGAAUUUCAAAAUUGA